GAGCCGGCGGCUCAGGUGGAUCUUUUUUUGCCUUUUUCUCAGCCCAAGCUGCGGACGCAGAAAUCGUGGUUCUCUUGCUCAUCGCCAGGCCUGUCUCUUGCGAACAACGCACGCUGUCGACACAACUCCUCGCCAUGCCCGAAGUCAAGCAACUCGCCGGUUCCGAAGACCCCAAGCCUGCCAUUGAAGAGGAGUGCGGCCAGUCCCACCACUGCGCCAGCCUGAAGGAGGCCUUCGAGGCCUGCCAAGCUCGUCUUGCUGCCAACCCUUCCGAAGAAACCUGUGUCGAGGAGCUCUUUGACUUCAUGGAAUGCGUUAACCACUGCGCUGCCCCCAAGCUCUGGGCCAAGCUGGCUUAAAUGCCACUGUCGAGAUCCGUGUCCCUCCGUCUCGUUGAUAUCAUCAGUCAUGUGCCAUCAGGCUCCUCCAUCUCCGCCCGCGUGGAACUGUAGCUCGGAGCAUCCCCAUAUCCGCUAAUACAGCUUGUUCAGACAACCGCGGCUUCAGAAU